GCUGGUUGAACUAGAGGGCGAAAACGUUCUAUAUCACGUAUAUUUCAAUAAUAUAAAAGAGUUUGAUUUGUUUUACUGAUUAUAUUAGUAUUUAGAUUAGAUGUCUACCAUGAAUACUUAUACCAACGAUUCUCCUAUUCAUGAUUCAGGGAAACUACUAAAACAAAUACACAACAAAAAUAUUGAUCAUUAUUACACUGCCAAAAGUGGAAGUAUGUCAAUUUCUUCACCAACAUUUAAUCAGCAUCAAAAUAUUAACAAAAAUAAAAUAUUAUUUGAAUCUUCUGUGAAUUCCCACAAUUAUUUUAAAGCGAAUUCUAUGCCAUUUCCUAUGCCACCCUUCACAAAUUUAACCCUUAAUAAUAUUAACAAAAAUGCUAGUUAUAGUACAAACAACAAAUUAGACUACCCAUUUCCUCCAUUUUUGACAGAUACUCUUAAUUUAGGUCUUAGUUUGAUCCCACCUAUCAGAAGAACUGCUUCUAUUUUUAAACAACCUGUAACUAAGAUCACAAAUCAUGCAAAUACUGAAAAUCUUAGUGAUUAUAAAAUAAAUACAAAAUCUAUCAAAGAUAAACCAAAACAAUUAUUGUGGAUUAAAAGAACACAAGGGACUUUUAACUCUAUUAUACACAAGAAUGGUGAGCCAUAUAAGAUACCACCAUCAUCUUAUCACAUAUCAAAUAAAAUAAAAGCCAUAUUACCUUCCAUUCAAACUUCUUUCAAGGAUGAAAUAGGUAGCCAAGAUUCUUCUUUAUUUCGAGAUAUAUCUUCUCAUCUUCACAUGAACACUUGGAAAUUUUUACCAGUGGUAGGCCAAAGGAAAAUAUAUCAGCACGUUAUGACCAAAAAAAAACAUGAAUUAAAUAUCGAUGGAAAUAUGAAUGGUUAUGAAACAAUUAAAGCAGACACUACUUUGGCAUGUCUCUCUUUUGUCGACUCAAAUCAGCCACUUAUCGAACCUUAUGAAGCUUUAGAUGAGGAUAUUAAAAAACAAGAAUGCAAAGUACUUUAUUUGAGAAAAAGAUUGACAAAAUUGAUCCAAAAAUUAGAAGUCCUAUCUCAUUAAUACCUAAGAUUAUUAUUAAAUUAAUUUUCGAUUAUGUAAAUAUACUAUAAAAACUAUCUAUUUUAUAAUUUACACAUUAUUUUUUUUAUAACCUAACAAGUAAAUUAUAUUAAUGUAAAUAUGU